AUGCUGAGGUGGGAACUGCCAGGCAGGAGGCCGGGAGAAAGACCAGAGAGAUUUAUGGAUGCAGUGAAGGAGGACAUGAGGUUGGUUGGUGUGAGAGGACGCAGACGAGAGAGGAAGAUUGAGAUCAAUGACUUGCUGUGGCAACCCCUGACGUUAGCAGCCAAAAAGGAGGAAAAGAAGGAGGUCAGCCGAGAGGUCAAGCGUGCCAUAAAAAAGGCCAAACUGGAUUACAAGAACAAAGUGGAGGUCUCCUUUACCCAGGGGAACCUCCGCUCUGCCUGGCAAGGCCUGAAGAACAUGGCAGCUGUGAACUGCACAACAUCCAGUCGCAAACCCAUCCAGGUUGAUGGCUGCAGCACAACAUCUCUACCAGAUGACCUCAGCUCAUUCUUUUCAAGAUUUGAAAGGGACAACAACACAGAGCUAAAGACCUUCAUCUCCUCAGUCCAUCCUGAUGACCCAUCCAUCACCUUCAGCAGGGAAGAGGUGGUGAGAGCCCUCAAGAGGACAAAACUCAACACUGCCACUGGACCUGACAACAUCUGUGGACGGACCCUGAAGUACUGUGCUGAGCAGCUGGGGGAGGUGUUCCAGCAGCUGUUCCAGACCUCCAUGAACUGCAGCACAGUGCCUCUGAAAUGGAAACAUUCCACAAUCAUUCCCAUUCCCAAGAAGGGCCCCACCAAAGUUUUAAACGACCUGAGGCCGGUGGCCUUGACCUCUCUGGUAAUGAAAGCGAUGGAGAGGAUUGUCAAAAACUCCAUCACACAGUAUGUUGAGCCCUUGAUGGAUCCGCUGCAGUUCGCAUACAGGGCCGGCCGGGGAGUGGACGACGCCAAGAUAUUUAUCUUGGAGACCAUACACACACAUCUGGAGACCCCCAACACCAUCGCCAGGCUCCUGUUUGCGGACUUCUCUUCUGCUUUCAACACCAUGCAGCCACACAUCCUUGCAGAUAAGUUAAUAACCUGCUUCAAUCUGGAUUACCAGCUCACCAUGUGGAUUAUUGACUUUUUAACCAACCGGUCACAGAGGGUGCUUGUUAAUGGCUCCUUUUCUAACAUUGUCCACACCUCCACCGGCUCCCCACAGGGCUGUGUCCUAUCGCCUCUGCUUUACAUCCUUUACACCAAUGACUGCAGGUCCACUCAGCCAAAUUGUCAUCUGGUAAAAUUUGCCGAUGACACAGUCCUGCUCUCUCUGCUCUCUGCCCCCAACCUACACCACAGCUCUGUUCUUCAGGACUUUAUCACCUGGUGUGAGGGUGCUUGUCUCCAGCUGAACUCAACUAAGACCAAAGAGCUGAUUAUAACAUUCUCCAGCAAGCAGAGACAACUGGCAGAGGCCGUCACUACCAUCAUCCGGGGGGAGCCGGUGGAGGUGGUGGAGGAGUACAGAUACUUGGGCACAAUCUUCGAUGGCCUCCUGAAGUUUACCUCUAACAUUGAGGAGAUCAUUAGGAACUUCCUGAGCAGUCUCCUGGUGCACGGGAUGAUGGUGGUCAAGCAUGGUUUCGGCCAAUACAACAGCAGUGGGGAGCAGCAGGUCUUCAGCUAUGCAUUGCUGCUGCGCUUCAGCCACAUCUCCAUCGUUACAAUGCGUUGUUAUGCUCCAGUCCAGCACAUCAACAUUGAACAGGUACAAAAUGAAAUCACCUGCAGCUCAGAGGGGAUCUAUCCUGAACCUGGACUCACCUGGACCACCAAUCCUCCAUCCAGCAUGAACCUGCAGAACCCACCAACAGUCCAGCAGACUGAACAGCAGCUUUACAGCAUCAGCAGCUCUCUGAUACUUUCAGACAGAGACACUGACCUGGACUACAUCUGCACCGUCAGCACUCCAGCAAACAGCAGGAGAUCCACUUUGCUUCGACCAGCUGUUAUAAGUGCAUCAAACAUUGAAAGAAAAAUCCCCUGCUCAACCGCCAAUUAUCCAAUAAGGUAUCUCACCUGGACAUUUAACCACAAAGAGAUCAUCCUGACACAGAGCGGAGAUGAAGGCCACUACAUAACUUCAGAGAGGUGGAAACAGCACGUGAUGACUGUAUCAGAGACAGGAAGUCUCACUCUGAAACAUUUAUCUUCAGAUCAGACAGGAACAUACAAAUGUGAACUCAGUGAUGAAGAGGAAACAUACGUGAAAUACACCUUUCUUCACAUACCAAAAGACUGGACUGGAGUUAUUGUAGGAGUGGUGAUGGUUGUCCUGCUGGUGGUCUUGGUUUCUGGAGUUGUCGGUUACAAGCUACACAAAUACAGGAAAAGGUGGAAAGAAAGGAGAAGGAGGAAAAAAAUAGAAGAAGAGGAGGUUCUGGUUCAGUUGGGAAUGGAGGAGCAGGACUAUACAGAAGGGGUUCGACAGAGACCGGAGCGCAGAGAAGUUCGGUUUGUUGGUUGUAAACUCUCAAAGACUCAAUAUAAAGUUAUUGCAUCCGCUUUGAAGUCCAACCCCUCCCAUAUGACAGAACUGGACCUGAGUCAGAACCACCUGGAGGAUUCAGGAGUGAAGCUUCUGUCUGAUGGACUGAAGAGUCCAAAAUGUACACUGGAGACUCUGAGAUUGGAGAAGUGCAGUUUGUCAGAGAUCAGCUGUUCUUCUCUGGUCUCAGCUCUGAAGUCCAACCCCUCCCAUCUGAAACAUCUGGACCUGAGUGACAACAACCUUCAGGAUUCAGGAGUGGAACAUCUGUGUGGAUUUCUGGAGAGUCCAGACUGCAGACUGGAGACUCUGAGUUUCGUGUUAUGCAGGUUGUCAGAGAUCAGCUGUUCUUCUCUGGUCUCAGCUCUGAAGUCCAACCCCUCCCAUCUGAAACUUCUGGAUCUAAGUAACAACAACCUGCAGGAUUCAGGAGUGAAACAUCUGUGUGGAUUUCUGGAGAGUCCAGACUGCAGACUGGAGACUCUGAGAUUGGAAAACUGCAGGUUGUCAGAGAUCAGCUGUUCUUAUCUGGUCUUAGCUCUGAAGUCCAACCCCUCCCAUCUGAAACAUCUGGACCUGAGUAACAACAACCUGCAGGAUUCAGGAGUGAAACAUCUGUGUGGAUUUCUGGAGAGUCCAGACUGCAGACUGGAGACUCUGAGAUUGGUGGAUUGCAGUUUGUCAGAGAUCAGCUGUUCUUCUCUGGUCUCAGCUCUGAAGUCCAACCCCUCCCAUCUGAAACAUCUGGAUGUGAACAAAAACUACGACCUGCAGGAUUCAGGAGUGAAACAUCUGUGUGGAUUUCUGGAGAGUCCAGACUGCAGACUGGAGACUCUGAGUUUGCAGAACUGUAAUUUGUCAGAGAUCAGCUGUUCUUCUCUGGUCUCAUCUCUGAAGUCCAACCCCUCCCAUCUGAAACAUCUGGACCUGAGUUAUAACUACCUGCAGAAUUUAGGAGUGAUACAUCUGUGUGGAUUUCUGGAGAGUCCAGACUGCAGACUGGAGACUCUGAGAUUGGAGAACUGCAGUUUGUCAGAGAUCAGCUGUUCCUCUCUGGUCUCAUUUCUGAAGUCCAACCCUUCCCAUCUGAAACAUCUGGAACUGAGCAGGAACAAGAACAUGCAGGAUUCAGGAGUGAAACAUCUGUGUGGAUUUCUGGAGAGUCCAGGCUGCAGACUGGAGACUCUGAGAUUGGUGGACUGCAGUUUGUCAAAGGACAGCUGUUCCUCUCUGGUCUCAGCUCUGAAGUCCAACCCCUCCCAUCUGAAACUUCUGGACCUGAGCAGGAACAAGAACCUGCAGGAUUCAGGAGUGAAACAUCUGUGUGGAUUUCUGGAGAGUCCAGACUGCAGACUGGAGACUCUGAGAUUGGAGUUCUGCAGUUUGUCAGGGGUCAGCUGUUCUUCUCUGGUCUCAGCUCUGAACUCCAACCCCUCCCAUCUGAAACUUCUGGACCUGAGUUACAACAACCUGCAGGAUUCAGAUGUGAAGCAGCUGUCUGAUUUGGUGAAGAGUCCAGACUACAAGCUGCAGACUAUCAGGAUAGUGGAGUUUGGACUCGGCCCUGCUGCAUCCAGCAGCUGUUUUCCUCAGUGAAGCUGUGAGAGGAGAAUGAUGACAGGCUGCAGGAUUUGACAGAAAGACAGAGACAGCAGUCAGCCAAUCAGAUGUUCCAGAUGUUUGUUGUAGACCAGUGUUCGUGUUCACGUGUCCAGAAAUAAAGGUGUAUUCCAGCUGACGUCUUCCAGGAUGUACAGACACACAGCUGCUCCACUGCAGCUCUGAACACCUCUGAAGUCCUGCUGCUCUUUAUCCUGGAUGUGCUGCAUCACUGACUCACAGCUGAUGGAGGGAGUCUCUGCAAACACUCGUUUAUUUCCUCUCUUCAUUCUUCUUCCCUCUACAGGUGAAGAAUAUUUGAGUGUAAACAGUGUUUGUGAUGAGAGGAUGAGUCGUGUCCUGAUGGUCCACGGAGGUUGAAGCAGCACCAGUUUGUGUGGACAGACUCUGACUGGACCGUGAUGAUGAUGAAGAUGAAGAUGUACAUAGUUUCAGCUCAGUUUGUUUUUGACUUCCAGCGUUUUACAAACUUCUCAUAUAUUCAUGUAUUUCAUUGGCUGCCAGUGGGGGUGUACCAAACUCCAAAAUAGACAUAUACCAAAAAGCAGGCAAAUAAUGUAAUAAAGUAUCACUUCUGUAUUUCAAUAAAUGAAAUCAACAAUAGCAACAUUAUAAUGACAUGCAGUGUUUUAUUUCUUGUACAUAAAUUUUGCGUGAACUUUUUUUGACAAGUUUCUUCUCCAUAGAGAGCAGGGCCAAUGCAUUAAGACGAUGCUGUGCCGUUAUGAUCCUGAGGAAGGUCUUGA